GUGAUAAUGAAUUGCAUGUCACAAGUCGUUUUAAGUUUGCAAAAUAACACUUCCUAGUCAGCUGAUUGUUAAUUUACGUUUUGAAAUAGAAUGUCUAAUUAUAACCAGUCGUGUAUAUUGAAACGAAAUGAUGAAAAUUGAAGUAAUUUGUAGUGAAAAUGGUGGAAACAAAAAGAUUAGUGUUUACCAAUAUCAGCUGCGAAAAUGCCAAUAAACUGUCAUAACAAUGGUUGAAAAAAACUAAAAAUUCUUUGUGAUCGGAGUGUCCAACACCUCUUAGGUGCGAUUUAGUAUUAAAAAUCGUUUUUACGCAUUUGAUUUAAAACAUGUUCGGGAGUUCAUGAAUUAUUGUUUCUUUGUUUAUUUUUGUGUUGGGUAAACACAUUCUAAUUUUCCAAAAUAGUCGUUAACUAGUUGUGCUUAAUUGUGUUUAUUUAAUUAAAUGUUAUGUUUUUGUUGAUAAGGAUACCCUACAAAUACGAUACAGUAUCGACUCGGUAGGUUUUUAAGUAUAUUUAUACAAGUUAAUUAUGGAGUAUGCUUAGAAGAUUGUUAUUUGCAUAAAUUUGAGACUCAAGAUGCUGCACAUAUUCCAUGUCGAUGCCGGUCAAAUGAUCACAUUAGAUAUGAAUCUAGCCCUUGAAACAGUGGGCAAUUUAAAGAAUGUGAUCCAAGAAGAGCUUAACAUUGCAGCUAACAAGAUGGUGUUGCUAAUAAGUGGAGGUAUAUCACUGAAUAAUCGCAUGAGGGUGUGUUCCUAUUCUGCCGGCACGGAUACAAACCCGAUAUUUCUAUUUAGCAAAUCUAUUAUCGAAUCUCCCAUACCUCCACUACCCGGCUUAGACUCAGCAAGUGAAAGUGAUAUUGAACAAAAAGUCCGUGAGCACUGUGAUAUGCCGGUAACAUUUGCUACAGUCGGAAAAAGGACUCAAUUAGCUCAACACCUUCUGGAAUUAGCUAGAAAACAUCUAUCGAUCUGCGAAAAUCUUGUCCAUGAUCAACAUCUCCAGCAACAAGGAUGGGCCGCCGUUGUGGCGAACCUAGAAGACUCCACAAACUCAUUUCGGAAAGCGGUUGUAGAUUCAGAAAAACAGUUCAGACACUAUCUUAAGAUGAGAGAUUUUUACAUAAAAAUUUUAAAAUUGGAAGAUCCAGCUGAAGGUGAAAAUUCUGAUAAAAAAGAAGACAUAAGACAAAGCUCAGUCGUUUUUUCAAUAUCGCCUGAGCAACAGGAUGAUUACUUAAAGAGAAAUCCAUCAAGAAUCUUUUUCGAAAGAGAUUUAGAGGUACUGAAAAGGAUUCCAGUUUUGCCAUCCUUACUAAUGCCAGCUGCGAAAACCUUUAUAGAAAACUUCAAGGCAUCGAUAAGGGAAGAUGAGGAAGCUUCUAGUAGCACUUCGCAGACAAGUAGAGUAAUCACUCUGUUUGAUUGGAUAAACGCCACCAAAAAAUAUGGACCAUUAGAUAAAUUAUACGAAAUUUGUUGCGUAGGCGUUCAGCAGAUUGAUAAGAAACUCUACCAGUCUCUCUCCAAAGAUUUCGCAGAGGUUAUCAAAAAUGCAGACAAUAUCCAAAUGAAGGAAAUUAAAGGAUUGGGAGAACGACUGUCUGGGCUAGAAACACUUAUGAGGGAAGCCAAGAAGCUGGUCAAGCAACAAGCAGAAUUAACUCUCUCGUUCGUUAAUAAUCAAAGCCGGGCAAGUAAUACAAAAGAUCCAUCGGUACUUCCCGAUUUAUGUACGUCUCAUAAAAAACAACUAGCAAUGAUGGCAAGCUACCACGCUCAAAUAUGUGACAUUCGAAGAAGAUGUGCCAAAGCGAAAGAAGAACUAAGUAUAAAUCUGUAUCAUCGGCUCAAAUGGGUAAUGUAUAUCGAAGAUCGAGUUACAGAAGCCUACUACAAAAUGGACGCAUAUGGUAGUGAUAUAGAUAAACUUAAAUACAACAUAGGUCUUCUCCAGCAAAUGCAUAUGUGUCCAACCUACUAUCUAUCCGCUCUUACCGAAGUAGUCAGAAGAAGAACAUUUUCUCAACAGUUUUUAUUGUGGGCAUCCGAAUUAGCCUGCCGUCUGCUUGCAAUAUACAAUGAAGAGGUGACUCGAAGAAAGGAGUUUCGAUCUCAGUUCCAAGGGCACUUCCUUAAUGUUUUAUUUCCCGGUAUGGAAGAUCUUCCUCCAAAUUUCGCUACUCAAGCACCUCCGAUGUUUGACAUGUCUCUGCCCCCGAUAACGCAGGAAGAUAUAGAUACUCUGAAAACAGAAAUUCCAGACUUAGCAGAUAAGCUGAAUGUACCAGAUACAAAGAGUUAUACGAAUUUCUUUCUAUUAAAUUCUCUUACUAGAAAAGAAGAAGAAACGGAGGAUACAGUAGGUAAUGAAGAAGCGUUGAAAGCAGUUGAAGAAAAACUGAUACAGGCAGUUAAUGAUGUAGGUUUGGCUAGCGAUUUAGACAAGGACAUAUUGAGAUGUACUGGUAGUGAGCCUUGUCUCACUACUGCAGUUGGUAUAACACAACAUAAAGAGCUAGACAAAGGCUGUGAAUCUGAAACGGAUACCGAGGAGUUUGAGAAAGUGUCUCAAAGUCCUCCUGAACCUAAUUUCGAUAAGAAUAUACCAUCACCUCGUCCGCACACCCAAGAUGCAUCUACCUCCACAGAGGAUAAUCUUCAAAUAUCCAGAACUGAACAUGAUCGAUUAAAAAAUGUACUCGGUAAACUUCAUCAGUUAGCAAUGGAAGCAACCCUGGAUCUCCGAUCUGAACUUUCUGCCCUGAAAACACACGUGUUAGCUACACAAAACUGUACUAGUCAAUACUGCGAUAGCCUAACGAAUUCUUGGGAAAAUCUAAUCGUCUUGCGUGAACAAAAAGAAAAGGAUACUUUAGAAUCAAUUACAAAAAAUCAUGAAGAUGCAAUUAAGGAAUUGAGUAAACGAGAAGAAGAAAAUAAUAAACAAAUUGAAAAUUUACUGAAUGAUAAAGUUUCUUUAGAAAACGAUCUUCUGAAAUCUCGUGAGUUGUUAGAAGAAUUUAAAGAAAACUUAGUUAAAUUAAAGGAAGAAAAUAUCAAAAUAAAAGAAGAUCUUCAGAACCAGUUACUUGAAAAAGAUCAAGAAAUGAAUAAAUUAAUAAAAGAAACUUCGGAUAGGCUAGUUAAGGAUCAUAAAGCUGAGAUCGAAAAUAUAAGAUCUAGAUUUAAAUUAAUGACUAUGGAAAGGAGUCCUUCAGAUAAUACCUUUGAAAAAUCAUUGGAUUCCAAUAAUUUACAAAGUAACUCUACUUUCCUUCAACAAAUGAAAGAUAAUUUCGACCUAGAAAAAGAAAAGGCAGUUAACGAUGCUGUAGAACAAGAACGAACAACAUUAAUGGAAUUAAUGGAUAAUAGGAUCCGAGAAAUCGAAUCGAAGUUUCUAUCAGAAAAAAAUCUGGCUUUACAAGAUCUAGCGAUAAAAAUUUCAGAAGAAAAAGAUAAACAAAUCGAAGUUCUUAUGGAAAGAGAAAAGAAUCUAACUUUAGAAUGCAUCAAAUAUAAAGGAACAAUUCAACAAUUAGCCGAAAGUGCGACGGAGAGUUCGGAUGUUGAGUUAUUGAAGAUGAUUAGCACACUGCAAAGCGAAAAAGAAGCUUUAAUAGAAGAACUAGAAAAUAGUAAAAUGUCGAAAGAUAAGUCUAUAGAUAUGUCAACAUCGGUGGCUGUUUGCGAAGCUAAAGUUGAUGUAACUACUAGUCCUAUGAAACGAAAAGACGAGAAAAAAUCGGAAUAUACACAGAAAGGUAUUAUUAAUAUUGAAAGCUGCAAACCUGGUGAUCGUGUAAUAGUUUGCUGGGACAAAGAUCACGAAAAUUUUAGGGUCGUACAGGACAAACAGCAUCUUUAUUUUUUACAUUCUGACUAUUUAGAAGAAUUGGGCUUUGAAAUCAAUGAAAAUGGACCUAAUAAAUUUUUCUGUAUAGGCGAAGUAAUCAACAAAGAAUAUUGUUACGCUAGAAAGUCGGAUAAUAGAUACAAAGUACCAAAAUGCACCAAGUUCUUCCGAGUGAAAGUCCGACCGCCAACAGCUCUAGCACGCGACGUUACGCAAAGCCUUUACCAACCCUCCAGUAGCCAAAAUACAUUACGAAUGACUCGAAGUCAAUCGGCUGCUUCUUCAUAUUCAGAAGACGAUAAACCAGCUACUCAAUUACCCUCGACGUAUCCUAUUUCAGUUAUUCUGGAAGGAGAUCAAAUCGACGGAUCAGAUAUUCUUCAAGAUAGAGAUAUAUGCCAAGACCACUGUAAUAUACAAGAGAAUAAGUCAGAACAUGAGUCCGAAAAUAACGAAAAAUUAGUGCAAAAUAAAGUGCAAUGGCCAGAACAACACUUUGCUGAAGAUAGUGGUAUUGUUGAAAAUGUGGAAGAGGUUAUGGCAGCUUUUGAUAAGACUCCCCCAGUAGAAGGCGAAAACAAAAAUACUUUAGAUGUUUGCGAUCGGGAUUGUAAACAUGUUUUUCAAGAACAGCACGGUUAUGUCACCAACACGUGGCUGGAAAUGAUACUUAGUAGAGUGUUUACUAAAAGCAUUCGAAAUCAGAGAGACUACAUUGAAAAAAGCACAGAGUGAAGAGGAUAAUUUGCAAUUUGCAGACAACAAACCCAUCGAAAAUACUUUUCUCGUAAUUUAAGAAACUUCACUUAGCAUGGAUCUGUGGACUACAUUUUUAAUUUUAUUGUGAUAUUGAUAUUCUGCUACCUGAGUAAAUAAAUGGGAGAUAUGAUUGACAUUUGUCAGUUUUGACAUUUCAUGUUUAAAAUAAUAUUUUGUUUAUAUAGAGAGGACUUUAGAAGGAAAUAUUUUGUUUGGGAAAUAAUCGUUAUAUUAUAACUGCUGCCAUGAUUAAAAUUUAAUUUAGAUUUUUUCCUCGGUUAUGAACUGACAGCGUGACAUAAAUCUUGUCGGUUAAUCUCCUUUCUUAUAAUGAUAAUAAUUUAUAAUUUCUUAUAAAUUUCUCUAAUUUUUUCAUUUCUAUAACAAAUUGGUAUUUGUUGAAGGUUACCAUAUUUAUACCUUUUACUGAUUUAAAAAAAUUAAAAAAAAACAUAAAAUUUGAAAACAAAUAAUGCUGUUUUUAGGAAUCAAUCAUUAUUAUUUGACGAAAAAUCAAAAACAUUUUUGUUUGAAUUUUGUACAUAUAGAAUAGUAAAAAAUGAUGCUGUUGUUUAUUAAAAAGUAAUUAGUAUUUUCAAUACUAAUAAUUUUUCAUUCGUUCUAAAUAUUUGGAAUUUUGAUACCUCAUCCAAUCAUCAAAAAGUAUAUGUAAAUAUUUUUUUGAAUAUUACAGUGUUUACAAAAUAAGUUAAUUUGUCAGUAAUAGUAUAUUAAUAGUUAUGGAAAACUAAACUCACUUCAAAAUAUUAAGUAUACCAGUAUUUGACAAAUAUUUUACACUCUCAAUAGUGUAUAGUAGGAUAUUCUUUAUGAACGUCCAUAUAUUCUUCUUCAGGAUUUCUUAUAGUGUUAACUUUCAUUACCACGUCAAAUUUGCGGUACAAACCCGAAUCCAUUAUAUAUAUGGACUAGAAGUUUAACCUCCAAAGGUGUUUUGCUUUAUGGCUUUCUGCAAACAAACAAGAUCAAUUAUAAAACUUGUCGAUUGAAUAACAUAAAAGAAUAUUUUAGUCCCGGUGAGACUUCAAGGUCCCCAUUAACAAACUAGAGCUUUAUUCACCAGGUCAACUCUCCUAAUAGUUCGAACUUUUUAAAGGUGAUACUACAACAUCAAAAAAUUGUAAAUAACAUGGCGCAGUCCGCUUUGCAAAUUUUUUGUAACUUUCAAUAAUUUUUUUGCUUCUUCAAGCUUUCCACUGUUUAUUUUCGUACCAUUUCGAAAGAAACUUCUCUUGUUCUAAAUAGUCAUCUUGUUCCUUUAUAAUAGCUUUUGCAGCUUCUAAUUUCUUGUCAUCAGUUUCAAUCGCAUUCCUGGGUUUUUCAGUGCCUUCACAAUAUUUUUUCUAUUGAUUGGAUUAAACGCUUAUUGGAAAUCUAAACACAGCGUUUACAUAUCAAUCUGGUGCUCAUGUGAUUUUUCCACUCUCUGGUUAAUGGUAGGUCAUGCAAAUUGUGGAUUUACAUGACUUACCUUUAACGAAUAAUUUUAAAGACUAUGAAUUAGUCAAAAGCAAAUAUACUGACCAGUAAAGGAGAAACUGAAUAAUUCACAAUCAAUAAACUGUUUCACCAUUCAAUCUAAAGCUAAAGCAUGUAGUAAAAAAUUUUAGUGAAGGAAAUUCUUGUUGAGGUCAAAAAAUAGCAUGCGCGGACGACGUAAUUCUAAUUAAAAAAAUAAGAAACAUAAUGGAAAGUAUGUUGAAGAAACUUACAAAAGGGGGAGUGGAAAUGUGAUAGAAAUAAACAAAAAUUGUGAGGUAUACAAGCAAUUCAGGAACAAAAGUUCAAGUAUCUAAGAAUUAAGAUAAGAGUAAUGGGGAAAGACGAUCAGAAAUAGAAGAAAAAAUAUAAGCAACCUAUAGCAAAUCGUUCGAAUAAGAAGAUGAAUUCCAAGGAGUAGGCUGCAGAAUCAGCCGACAGGGGUCAUUUGUUGUAUGUUAUACCUCUGAAUUGAAUAAUUUCUUAGAUUAAUUAACGAAUAACUACCCUACGUAACCCCCUCUCUUGAUAAUGAAUUAAAAGUGGAAGCGGAAAUGUCGAGAAAAUUUAAAUUCUCUGACUUUGCAAUACACUCGAUCCUGUAUCUGUUCAAUUCUCCUAGUGCAAUAUUUUCUCCAGUUCAGCUAAAGCAUCUAAAUCUUUUUAUAACUUUUCUUUUUCUUCAAAUAAACUAUCAGUAAUUUCCUGUUUUGUCAUUUUUUCAUUAACUGUCGGGAUAUUCUUUAUAUCUUUAGUUUAAUCUAAAGUACUAGCGGUCACUUCAUAUGAAUUGCUGGCAGGUGAAAUGGUUGCAAUAACUACUGAUUUCGUAUGUCCUCCCAAAUAAUCUUUGAGGGGAAUUUUGAAUCUCUGUAAAGAAUAUGUUUUUGUGAUUUGUCAACUAAAGCUUGAAUAACUCUACCAAGUGUUAAGAGAUUUGUUAAUAUUUCCCACCUACAUUAAGCUGCAUUUCCUAUCUUUUAAAACCAAUUCCCUGGAUCUAUGAUUGAUAUUUUGUUCCUCUUCUUGUUUACUUGAAGGCCUUAUACGAACAACCCCCAUGUAUAGUGCUUAUAUUUAAAAAUAUAGUUAAAUCCAAAAGUGAUAAGUUUUCUUGAGCCAUUGAGCAAAAUAUUGACACAUUAGUUCCAUUAAUUUUUGUUAUGUACAAUUAUUGCUUAGAAGAUACUAGUAGUUUUGCUUUUUGCACAUUAUUUCACAGCACGUUCAUAAAACUACUGUUGAAUAUUUUGUAUUCCAAAAUAUUACUUUUUGGAAGGUAAAUAGGUGAGUUGGAUAAUAUUAUGCAAGAAAAUACAAGUUUUCUGUAUUUCACAGUAUUGUAUGGCCUUAGUAAUUUUAGAUCAAACUUUUCUUGUUUAAUGGGUCAAAGUCAAAGAUAUACGAGAAAAUUAUAAUUUUUAUCCUGAUUUGAAAUGUAUUUUAUAUGACUAAAAUGCACGUUAUUGUCGAAAAUAUUUAACAUAAAAAAUAAAUAAAAACAUAAUUUAUUUUGAUAUUUUUCUUUAAUCGACUGUGUACAAUUUCUGUAUUUAGAAUAAUAAUUUUUCUAAUAGUAUAAAUUUUAGUCAUCAAACAUUUUAAAUCAGUUCACGAUGUAACGUGUAAUCCCACAAAAUUUCCAAUUUAUCUUGGAACAGAUAAAUAGAUUUAAGAAUAUAAUUGUUAAUGAUUGUAAACAAUUAUAUAUGACAUAAAAGUGAAAUUUUCUUUUUUUUGUGAUAAUUUUUUAGUUGUAUUAAUUUUAUUUGUAUAAAAUUUGUGUGAAUAUGUAUAUAUGCAGAAAGUAAGGUAUUAUGUUGUGGUAAGAACAUCAAUCUAGUUAUUGUUUCAUGCAACGGUCUUAAAUUUAUGACAAAAAAUAAAUGGAACAAUGAGGUGUGUAGCUACUCACCGACCUCAAAGUAAAAAUUGUGAUAAAAUAGUUUUUUUUUUGUGAAAACAGUUGGUAAUUAGCUAAACAGCUUCACAUUGCAGAAAAAUAUAAAACUAACAAUUCACUCAGAUAAUGAACGUUGUCCAUAUAAUAAGGUUCCCAAGGAGUUAUGGCCCUAGAAACGCUGUCAAGCGGAAGUUUUAGUAGACUGGGCUCCAUUUUUCCCAGUUUCCGUCCCACGCUUCCAUUCGAUUCUAACACCAAAACGUUUUGCGUGGUAACAUUCAUUCCUAACUGUCAGUCUCACACAACUCCCUUUCAGCCUAGACCCACCCAGUGAUUACCAUCUCUUCCUUGAAUUAAAGAAACUUGAGCGGGACGACGAGGAGCUGAACGAAGAGGUUUUAAGCUAUCUUAACUAUAAGCAAGCUAAUAACUAUUUUUCAUUGUGAAAAUUCAUUGGGACACUUAUUUAUGGAUAACCCUCGUAUAUUGACAUAUGGAUCAAAACAAUUUCAUGAUACAGAGAAGAAUUAUCUGUAUACUGAUCGCAGUGAUAUUUUUUUUAAUCUAAAUUAAAUGUUCACUUUAGUAUUUCCUGUAAUUGUUAGUUUACCAAAAUACUUACUAUGUACUCAAUAAAUCGUUAAAAUUGGUCCUAUCACUGCCAAAUCACGGUUUUAAAUGUAUGUUACCAAAACUUUUAUGUGCUGGUACGAAUUUUUAUACUUUAUCACAGUCUUGGUGGUGACUACCUGUACAAUGUAUGUUUAUUCAUUUACUAGUUUGUUUACAAUGGUAUUCAUUUAUAUGAAUUGGUGUGUUCUACAUGUUUCAAAUCUGAAUGUGUGAACCUUCACUGCAGCAGGAAUUCCAUUAUUAAGCCAACUUUGCAAUUGUUAAUGCAAUUGGGAGGCAAAAAUAAGCAGAUGAAUAAUAGAAAAUAACAAGUUAGUUAUAAAAUAAUUUGUCCACAGAUUGAUGAUAAUUUCUUACAAUAUUUAGUAAAGCCUGAAUUUGAAUGGUGUUUUUAAAAAAAUGUGUUAUUUUUUGUUUCAUGAAAUUGUAUAAAGUAUGAUAUUUUUAUCAGCAGGAUGUAUUUGUAUGGAACUAAUUUAAUCUAAAAAUGUUCUACAAAUUUUUUAUAACAAUGCCAAGUGCAAUAAUAAAUUAGUAAAAUCCAUAUUUUGUUUAAUUUACUCAGCGUGAAUAAUUUUCACGUGCUUAUAUCAAUAAAUGGGAUUCCGUACUUUACUUUUGAAGUGACCACGUGUGAAAUUACUUUUUUUUAAAUAUAAAUUAAAUCCUAUAUUUUCGAACAGCUAAGUCGUUAGUAGUGCAGCUAUGACCUAGAACACACAAUAAGUUUACAGUUUAAGUUCCGCAUCAUUGCUUGAUUUAUUCAUUAAUUUCCAUAGUAUAUAACCCAACUUCCUAACCCUAACGCAUUCAUGUCAUUAGAUUCGGGGGCCCUUGGCCUCCACAUCCUAAGCCACCUUAUAAACUACCAAGAACACAAUAAAGAAUUAUGAAGUAUACGAUAAAGCCCCGUACAUUGUAGUAGUAGAAAACAAAAAUAAAAAUAUUAAGGUAAUUUAAAAGUAUCAAAAAAAUUACUGGGAAAGGAACAUAAUUAGUCAUCACCUUACACUAUGCCAAUGCCUUUCUCACUAAUAAAAUAAUAUCAGCAAAAUAAUAGAAUGCAUUCAUCCCUUCUUCACUAGUUUCAAUAAAAAGGAUAGUCUGGGACAUCGAUUUCAAUACCUCAAUGGAAGAAGUAAUUACGGACCUAACCUAACCAGACUGACAAUAGCAGCAAGAAGAUUAAAUGGAAGAAUCGUAAACGAAGAUAACACAAUUGAUUAUAAACCAAUGCAGACUAUAUUAGUCACCUUUAGAGGUAAGAAAUUGCUAGAAAUGAUCGUUGUAAAUAAUUUUGAGUCGAGAGAACAGGUAUAUGUUGAACCAGUAAUCCAAUGUAUGAACAUAAAUCCACAGACAGAAACUGUAAGGAACAUGAGAGGCAAAAAAAUAUUAGGAAAUAUAUCACAUUCAAAAAUGUGUACCAAACAGACCCUAUUACAGUAGUUGACUUUUUUAAGUGAUUACUAGAACAAUCAAAAAUUAAGGAAAUAACCAAAAAGGAAGUACUUUCAGAAAUUUAUAUAUUCUAUAAUCGCCUGAAGUGGCAGAAACAGAAAUAAAACAAAAACAACAGGAUAUGAUUUUUGAAACGAUCCAGAAGGUGAAUACAUGAAAUAGCAAUACCAAACAGCCCUGAUGAAUCCAAAACAUAAAUUAAUAAUUCACAAGUGAAAACAAGAAAAGAAUUAACUAUUCUACAAUGAAAGUUUAUUUUCAAAUUAUUCUGACUUUAGUGUUUUAACUCAUGAAAAACAUCCAGACCUAAUUCUUCUGAAUGAAACAUUCCUUAAAUUGGACUAAAGCGUCCUUUUCCCACACUACACAAACAUAUGGCAACAUAAAAAUGAUGGAAGGGGAGGAUUAAUUAUUUUUAUUAACAAAAACAUACUCAUAACAUCAGCACCAGUUUAGCUAACCGGUUUCAGAUCUUAGGAGUGAAGGUUAAAGAAAUUUCAAUAGUUACCAUCUAUUGUCCAUUACAAAAAAACUAUCUAGAGAUAUUUAGUAAAAUACACGGACCAUUUAUCAUCAUGGAAGAUCUGAACGCCCAGGACCAAAGCUGGGGAGUCAGAAACUACGAAUGCGAAAGAUAUAAACUUAAUGAAUGCGAUUGAAGAGCAAAACCUAGUAUACCUGAAUAAGGGAGAAGCUAGACAUCUGUCACAACUAGGUCAGAAUUGAAGAGUCACGAACGUAGCACUGCUGACUACAUAAUUAUCUCCUUUUUGUCCGGAAGAAUUGGAAACAACCGAAAAUAGCGAUCACAUGCCUACAGCUACCACAAUUAACCAAGAGGUGGGGUCUAUUCAAGAUAAUGAAAUGGAGGGCAAAGGAAGCUGAUUGGAAUAAAUGGACGAAGGCAUUGGAAAGCAUUGAAAUAGGCUUAAAAUCUGAUGUGGGAAAUGAAAAUUUCUACCUACUUUGACUUUUUUUACUUCUUACUACUACUACAAAAAAAUGAUACUGGAACCCUACCAAACUCAUUCAUACUAACCCUAUUAACUUCAUCCGCAGGAACAUUGCGUUUAGGCAUUAUUUAAAACAAAAAGCUAAAUGUCAAAUCACACUAUAUAUAAAAUGGAACCAAUAACUGACGUCAAAUUUUCCAAAAAAUAUACAAGAACACAACUUGCACUAAACUGAACAACUUACCAACUCAUAAACAUAAAUAUUAAUCAGAUAUCUAAGUUGGAAUUUCUGAAACCGUUAGUGAUAUUCACACUGAAUAAACUGUUUACAACAUCAUUCACAAUUACACUGAUGCGCGUUUCGAUAACAAAGUUAUUGUCUUCAGAGACUGAUGAGACAGUUUAGUCUCUGAAGACGAUAACUUGGUUUUCGCAACGCGCGUCAGACAGUGUAAUUGUGAGUGUUGGAGUAAUGAACAAUGUGUUCAGUAUUAAUCAGACAAGCAAGUGAAAAUUCAAUCUAUAGAACACAAAAGUUGGGCUAAGGAAACAAUGUUCAACAUAAAUAUCUAUGAACCUCCCGAGUUUUGUGGAGCACAUUAAAAUAAUAGUUCAAAUGUACAAUCUUCCGAUUUCCAGUUUAUGUUAUCGAUAACGAUAAGCUACACCUUCACACUCACAAAUUUAAAAUAUUGCAAUUUUCUAUUCUUGUUAAAUAAUGCACUAUGUUUUUGACCUUUAUUUAAAAAUACUAUAGAACUAUUACAUAACUAAUUUAGACGUUGUUACAAAUAUAAUUUUUCAUUUUAAAUAGGAAUAGGGUUUAGUUAGCCUGAAUUGAGGGUAAACCAAAACAACAAAUUCUUCGAGAACAGUUUUAUUUCCCUUUUGUACAAAGUACUGAAAAAAAAUUAAAUAUUAACUCCAAUAGUACAUCUGUGAUAUUCUCAAAAAAUUACACAAUUAAAUAUGAAAAUAUACUCAAUUACUUACAUGACUAGCACC